AUGGAAGGAAGUAAUCAUUCGCGUGAAUGUGGGCAAUCUUCUCGAAGAUUAAGGCGAACUCAAUCAUUUCAUUGGAAUAGGGAAGUUGCCGCUAUACCGACAGUUCCUUCUGGUUUAGAGGGUUCUAUUGAUACGUGGUUUUUUGUACUCGACUAUCAUGACAUCCUUUUGGUAUUCAUUGAGAAGAUAAACAUAUUACCUGAAAGAAAAGCUGAUGCCUUAAAAACAAUAUUCUGCUAUAAUCCAAAUGGUGUUCUUAGCCCAAUGGUUAUAGAGCUUUCACUUCCUUUUCACUUCCUUCCUCACCUUUUGUACCAACAAGCACGUCUUUACUCUUGGGCAUUAUGCAAUGACUCAUUGGAUUUGGAAAUUAGCUGA